AUAGAGUGAAGCACACAGAGAGAGAGAGAGAGAUUUACAGACAUAGAAGAAGAGAGAGAGAGAGAGAUUACAGUGUGUGGUGUUCACUGUUGAUAAACAGCGGAUGAAAAUAUUCGGCUUAUUGCAAAGUUGUUUAGAGGAUCAGCUGAACUCUGUAUGAGCGCUCACUGAGAGAGAGAGAGAGAGAUUUAGACAAACUUGACACUCGUUGGGUCUAGAACUGAUAAAGUUGCGCUGUUUUCUUGUUGUGACAGUGAUAAGAGAGAGAGAGAGAGCCGGCGGACAGACAGACAGACAGGCAGGCAGACAGACAGGCAGCAGGGACAGAAGGCGAGCUGUCAAACCCAUGAGUAGUGCAGACUGCAGCGGGAAUGAGGAGCUGGACUUCAGGCUGAUCUUCGGUGAGGACGGCCAGCAGCCGCCGCCAGGCCCCGCAGAUCUGGAGCCGGAUGACACCACGUCGUUCUACAUCCUGAACGUGGGUCAGCCUCCAGCAGUGGCGAACCAGACCCUAGGUGUCCAGAGGCAUGGAGUCCAGCCUCACUCACAGCUCAUCUCUACUUCUCCUACAGUGCAGCCUGUCCACAAGUCGUUUGAGCUCAGCUAUGAGUCCCCAGACUCCAAAUACCCUCCCAGUGGAGGUGGAGGAGGUGCAAGUAGGCCCCCCAAGGCCUUUGAAUGCCCUAGCAUCCAGAUUACCUCUAUCUCCCCAAGCUGCCAGCAAGAUCUAGAUGGAAAUGAGACUGACCUUAGGUCCAAAGGUGUGGAUGGGGACUUCCACGAGCGACCUCUAUCUCGGGACCACCUGUAUUUGCCGCUGGAUCACUCGUACCGCGAUUCAUCAUUGAGUCCAAGCCCAUGCAGCAGCUUGUCAUCACGCAGCUGGUUCUCAGAUGCUUCUUCAUGCGAGUCCAUGUCGCAUGUGUACGACGAUGUGGAUUCAGAGCUAAACGAAGCAGCGGCACGGUUCACACUCGGAUCUCCCCUCGCUUCACCGCAGGGGGCACCGCUAGAGGAGCAAUGGCAACAACAGCAUCAUCACCACCACCAUCCAGGUUACGCCCCAUCACUCUCCCACCCACACACCCACUCUCUCUCUCCACGUCAGUCACCAUGCCACUCACCACGCACCAGUGUCACUGAUGAGAACUGGCUCAGCCCACGCCCACCUUCACGCCCAUCCUCGCGGCCCACAUCGCCUUGCGGUAAGAGGCGCCACUCUAGCGCUGAUAUCUGCUACUCGGGUUCACCCCAUCACUCCCCAACACCAACCCCAGGCCCCUCACCCAGGGGCAGCGUCACCGAGGACACCUGGAUCGGCAGUCCUGUAGGUAUGGCACCCUUCCAGUGCUGCACCCCAGACCCUGACAUCCCUUCCAAGACUAGGAAAACAUCACAGGACUGUACAACUACGCUACAGCCCGGGAAGACCGAUCUAAGCCUGGACGAUUCAGGAAAUGUCUCACCGCUUCGCGAUUCCCCAGCUGACGAAUCCAUGCACGGAGUGAAAAAAGAUGGCGCUGGCGAGCAAUUCCUUUCCGUGCCGUCUCAUUUCACCUGGAACAAGCCCAAACCAGGACACACACCUAUUUUCAGAACAUCCUCCCUGCCCCCGCUGGACUGGCCCUUGCCGAGUCAGUACAGUCAGUUUGAACUGAAGAUCGAGGUGCAUCCUAAAGCCCACCACCGGGCGCACUACGAGACCGAGGGCAGCCGAGGAGCCGUCAAAGCAGCCUCCGGCGGACACCCUGUCGUCAAGCUCAUUGGCUACAACGAGAAGCCCAUAAAUCUGCAGAUGUUCAUCGGGACAGCAGACGACCGUUAUUUAAGACCGCACGCUUUCUACCAGGUUCACCGCAUCACAGGCAAAACGGUGGCCACGGCGAGCCAGGAAAUCAUGAUCGCUAGCACCAAGGUUCUGGAGAUUCCACUCCUUCCUGAGAACAACAUGUCUGCCAGUAUUGACUGUGCCGGGAUCCUAAAGUUGAGGAACUCAGAUAUCGAGCUGAGAAAAGGAGAGACAGACAUUGGGCGAAAGAAUACCCGAGUGCGUGUGGUAUUUCGGGUUCAUAUUCCACAACCUAACGGAAAAGUUUUGUCCUUACAAGCUGCCUCAAUCCCUGUGGAGUGCUCCCAGCGCUCAGCACAGGAGCUACCUCAGGUGGAGAAGUUCAGUUUGAGCAGUUGUCCAGUCAGUGGAGGAGAGGAAAUGAUCAUCACAGGUUCAAACUUCUUCCCUGAGUCAAAGGUCAUCUUCUUGGAGAAAGGCCCUGAUGGACGACCACAGUGGGAGGUGGAAGCCAAGAUCAUUCGUGAGAAGAGUCAAGGAUCAUGCCUUGUAUUGGAAGUUCCACCGUACCACAGUAAGAGCAUCACCUCCGCAGCGCAGGUGCAGUUCUACGUGUGCAAUGGGAAGCGGAAAAGGAGCCAAUCACAACGAUUCACCUACCUGUCAGUCCUGGUUAAACAGGAGCACCGAGACGAUUUGGAUCCUCCUGUCGUGCCGCCGAUGCCCAUGCCCCAUGCACAUGCUGUUGGCCUGGUUCGUUCUCCGGUCCUGCCAUCCCCAGACCACUCACAUUCACAGGAUGGGCUUCUGCCAGGCUCCCCGCGUGGCCUGGCACCUUCCCUACACCCACUCCAGACACCCUGUGCUUCUCUUCACUCACCUACCUUCUCUCACCUGCCUCACCUCCAAGCCCGAGGUCUUCACCCACCUCCUGAAUGCCAGAUGCCCUUCCAUUCAGGCAGUGUGCCUCCCUCCAGGUUGACCUACCCUCCUCUCCAGCACAACCUACCCUUUAACGGCCAAGUCAGUCUACCUGGAGCCAGCUCUCAGUCCUACGAGCGCGUGCCCUUUCAGCCCGAGCCAGCCGGGUGCCACCCUUUGGGAAUGGGCAUGGUGUAUGGCUCACCAGUUUCAGCUCCCGCCUCUGGAACCAGCCCCUCAAGCCCCAGCCACUCUUCUCCUCAACUCCACUCUCUGGGCUAUCACUGUGCCACCCCAGCUCAGGUGACCUCACCUACCCACUCACUUGGUCAGCCUGGAAUGCAGCUCCAGCACUCGCUUAGCUACCAUCCAGUCGGGCAACGUUCAGCCUCAUGCCCGACUCCCUCCAACGUUCCAGCCCGGAUGGCACCCCUGCCCCAUUCUGGUCCAUCCUCUCCUCAAGUGCACUCACUGCCCUACCAGUCCCCCACCUCGUCUUCUCCCACCAGCAGUCCUCUGGGUGCCCAGCCAUCACCCCAGGCCAGCAGUCCCGUCAUGACAGGGAUUCCCACCGCAGGAACCAUGGUGCAUCCGCUGGCGCCACAGCAAGGCCCGUUUACCAGCGAGGGAGAGAGGCUGAACAUCAAGCAGGAACCCGAGGACAGAGAGCCCACGUUCCGCUCUAUAGGCCUGCAGGAUAUUACACUGGAUGAUGUGAACGAGAUCAUCGGCAGAGACAUGUCUCAGGCUCCGGGGGUUCAUGGAUCCUCAAGCACGCUCGGUCACUCGUAGUCCGGUACCCGCUGCUCUCACUCAUACAGCAGCACGUCUUUGAGUCCCGACGAGCUCUGGACUCGAGAGACGCAGACAGACACAGCGCUUCCAUCCACACACAUCCUUUCAAAUGAGACCAGACCCAGGCGGAGAAGAUCUACUCAUGCUGACGUUCAUUCAAGUAACCGAGCAUCGCACCAUUUCGAAAGAAUGAGAAUGUUACGGGCAGACUAAGCAAUCAAACGAUCAAACAAAAACACGCCGGAUAAUGUGGCUACAAAUAAUAAUCACAGUCCCGAGUUUGAACAGUUCAUCUCUUUCUUUCUCAGCUUCUUCUCUCGCAGUAGUUCUCAGGCGCUUUUUUUUCUUUUUUGAAUCUAAUGAAAAGAGCGAUCUAUGCAGCCCAGGACGAAUAUGCAAUACAAAAAGAAUCUCAAAGGCCACAUGUAGCAUAAUGUACGUAGAUGCUUUGCUCUGGAUUUCGGGUCAAAUUUGGAUGGAAAAUUGAAUUCAAGAGGAAUUUGAUCAUCGCUGAUGCUGCCUCUUGAAACAAGCGUGGUCCCAGCAGCACCCCCUGGAGGACAAGCUGCUGACGUGCUCAUGAUAUGCAACAUUCCACACUUUUCGAGUGUCUUUUUUUUUUUUUCAUGGACGAUCACCCUUUCUCCUCUUCAGGUUGAACAAAUGCCUUAUAAGCCUAGAAGCUUGGAUUGACUGAAAAAAUAGCUUUUAACAGACAUGUUGUAUUGUUCUUUUAUUUUUCUAUAUAUUUUUUUCUUCUUCAUAAAGCUGAAUUCUGUGCCGAAGACACAGUUGAAGUUUGCGUGUUUUGCAUUUCAAGUUCUAGUGUGCGGCAAAGCGUGUAACGUUUUCAAACGCGGUACACCCAAACUCAAUCGAGUAGAAUCUAUAGAGGAAAUCUAUACCACUGCAGGACGUUAAAUUAGAGUGUUUGAGACGUUGAGAGAAUCUGUCAUAUUGUCAGUGUGUCAGCUGAUACUCCCGUGUGCCUUUCAAGUGACAAUCAUACUUAAAUAUAGGAUAAACCACCCACAGAUGUUCAAUAUGGUGGUCAUAUUGGCGUGGUUGGAAAGGCUGCUUUCAGAGUGUACAAGGGUUUGGUUUUGGUUUUUUUUGGGGGGGGUGUUUCUGACACGAAGAGUGCAUUCUGUGCCGUGAGGAAAAAGCUAAACUGUAACCAUAACCCUGUGUUUAUGCUAAUAAGCAACAGGCAACCAGUCAUUUUCUAUGGACAUGUGAUAUGAAUUUUAGCGACAACAAAAUGACAUUGCAGGGGGUUUUUUCAAUUCUAUGCAAAUUAGGAAAGCAACAGAUCCAAACAAUUGGCUUGAAUGAUUCCUCUCUGAACAACUCGAUGGCAUGUGUGGUCCAAUAUCCUUCAGUUCCCCUCUCACAAUUUUACUUCCUACACACAAAACCAGGGUCCUGUCAUAUACAAACUCACAUAUAUAUAUAUAUAUAUAUAUAUAUAUAUAUAUAUAUAUAUAUUAGUGCUGUCAAAAAUGUCACGUUAUUAACGCAUUAACUUGACUCAAUUUUAACGGUGAUAAUUUUUUUAUCGCGAGAUUAACGCUCUGUGACAUGAUGUAGGUUUUUCAUAAGCUUUUGAAACUGCCAGGAACUUGGAACAGAGACUUUGCUUAGAAAACCGAUAGCAGCUAGACUGUAAUGCCACGCCCCGCACAGCCAGAGUCCUCUGCCCUCCUCCCCCAAAGAACCAGCGCGGGCAGGGCGCGCUAGUAGAGAUGGGAUUUAUGGCUCUUUGAUGGGAUCCGCAUCUUUGUGAUCCGUUCUUUGAAAAGAGCCGUUCAAAAGACUGGCUAAUUUGGCUCUUUUUAAAUAUUUAUUCAGUUUUAAGAAGACAGUGUCUAAAGAAGCCAGAUCCCUCUGAACUGUAAACUCAAUGCUAUCCCAGAAAUCCUUCCUGUAAUAUGCAAAUUUGGCCACCUCCGAUUGGACAGCGCGACGCAUCAACAGGCAGAAAGUGUAAAAGUACAAAAUGUGUUAAGUGAGCUGAAACAGUAAAGAUCAGAUUCAAUGCAAUAUUUAUCAACGAACAACUUAAACUUAAUAUAAUAGUGUACUUUAUAUUAUAAUCAAGCAUGUCAAGCCUACCGUCACUGUGUAACCUAUCUCUCUGAUUAGAGUUGUAGACUAACUCAAACAGUAGAUCAUUUCACUCAUGGUUCUCUUGCUAGCCCCGCGCCGGUGCUCGGCUUAGGUUUCACUUUGCAGUGGCUGUGUCAAGACGUGUUAUGCUUUGCAAUAAAAAAAACAUUGGUACAAAGCAAGCCCAUUCACUUUUUUAUGCUGAUAAGAGAAUUACAAUGUUUUUUUGUGUGACAAAAAUGUGCGAUUAAAUUGCGAUUAAUCGCGAGUUAACUAUGACUGUCGCGACAUUAAUCGCGAUUAAAUAUUUUAAUCGCUUGACAGCACUAAUAUAUAUAUAUAUAUAUAUAUAUAUAUAUAUAUAAAAAGAGGUUAUUACACGGCUGCACGAAGAUAUGAAGUUUAUCUUCGAGUGGUGAGUGGAUAUAUCACGAGUGAGUGAAGCAAACAAGUGAAAAUAUUUUCAACAUGAGAAGGUAAACUUCAUAUCUUUUCGACACUGUGUAAUGUUAUUUAUAUUAUAUGGACACAGAAACAAAAAAAUACACAAGUUAAUCUAAAGAAUCUUAAUUUUGAACCGGUUCACCAUUUUGACAAUGCGUAUCUAGUCAGUGGGAAAACACCGGGAGUGACGUCGUCGGAGUGAAAUAUGGGGAAAUUAUUCUGUCCACAUUCACUGGAUAUGAGCAAUCGCAUGCUCUGAUUGGCUACUCUACUACAGCUCAUAUACCGUGAGUAGAGAAAAACAAAAUGGCAGAGCAUGUUGCUGAACCAACCGAGGAUGAAAUAAAAACUACUCGAAAACAAAACCCCAAAAAUUAUCAAGUAUUUAAAAGGAACAGAAAUAGCUAAAAGAAUAUAGUUGUUGUCUCCCCCCCACCCCCAGUAUCUCCUGUUCCACACUCCAGCCCAGUCGGUGGCGGUAAUGCACCGUUAAGUUUGUUUGCCAAAUGCCUAAAACCCUAAAGAAUAAUAAUAAGACCCCAAAAAUACAAAAAAAUAUAUAUAUAUGGAAUAAAAGUAUUUGACAGUAAUAAUAUAUCUUUUUUUAUUUUUCAAUAAUUAUUUUAGCAUUUUUCAUAAAUUGCUCCUGUCAUUUCACCGGUUUGUUUACAUCCUAAGUGGAAAUAAUUUUGUCAGACUUUUUGUAUAAAGUUUUUAUUUAUCGAAUUUGCUAAAAAUAAAAAUGCCCCGUUUCUCAAAAUCCAGUGAAUGUGGAUCGAAUAAAACAGUUAUUCCACUUAUUCUCGUCGUACAUGGCCGACUCGGUGCUCCACGCCUCAUUGACUAUCAGCUCAUGCACGACUCGAUUUCGUGGAAUAACUGUACGCAAGUUAAUCAAAAGAAUUUUAAUUUUGAACCGGUUUGCAAUUUUGACAACACGCAUGUCCAGUCAGCGGAAAAACACUGGGAGUGACAUCAUCGGAGUAAAAUAUCGAGAAAUACGUCACUCAGAUCCGUGAUGUAUUUCAUAUGAAAAAUGCAAGUUUUUCAACACGAGAAGAUAAACUUCAGAUCUUCAACCCAACGUGUGAUUUUCUUUUUAUUAUAUCGACACAUUCACAAACAAGAAGUACCCAAAUUUAUCAAAACAAUUCAUUGAUUUCCUCACGAGGGACAAACAGUAUGUCACAGUUUUCGUUCUCCAUGUCCCGGAUGUAGGUCGUAUGAAAAAUACGAGUGGUGUAUUUCCCAGUAAAACACUCGUGUCUUUUUAAUAUAUUUGAUGUUAUGAAGGAAAAUAUGCUUGAAAAGGAAAUAGCAGAGAUGGCUGAUGGAUUUGCUUGCUUUGCUUUUACUCUGAUUCGUGCAUUUGUGUCUAACUAGUUAGCUUUGAGUAGCUACAAUUCAUUGAUUUCCUCAUGAGUGACGACACAUAGCUGCUCCAGUUUCUGAUCGGAAGUAAAUAAAAAACAUCAACGACAUCAGUAUCAGUGGCUACACAUUUCUCAGAGACAAACCACAAGCAACACAAACACCUGCCAGUGCAAACGUAGGGUAAAAAUAAGUUACAGGGUUUGGCUAAUCAGCUGUGUUUAUUAACAGUGAAGAUUAGUUUGAGUUCUCUUUGUGCUCUGUGUUGAAAAAUCUCCUUGCAUUUCACUGUCUUUUCUACAAGGACUUAAAAAAGUUUGAAUUUAAAAAGAAAAAAAGAAGUCACAUUUCCUCCGCCUUGUGGCUGCUUGACAUAAAUGUGCUGAGGGAAAAACGCGUAGCAGACAGCUGAGUGCUGCAGAAUCUGAAGGUGCACAAAACUCUUAAAAUUAAAGUUUUUUUCAAUUAUCAUCUGGUUUCAUAGUUCAAACAUUCUAGAUCCUGAACAAAGCAUUGUAGAUGAUGAUGAUGAUGAUGAGGGUACCUUCUUUCCCUUUGGGAAUCAAAUGAAAUCAGUGUUUAAUAAAGAACGUCCGAAGGAAGUGAAACGUUAUAAGGCAAGGACUUGUACAUUUACUUUGAGGCUCAUCUCGAGGAAUCGAUUCAUAAUGAACAUUGGGUGCUAUCUUUCUGUAAGUAAUGUAUUUUUCGUGUUGCUGCGUAGCUGCAGUUUUGACAGAAAUACAUCUGUGAAGAAUUUGUAUCGGAUCCCUGCCUUAAAAAAUUGACAGUAAUAACGACUGUGUUUAUUUUUCUAUUUUAACCUCCUAAGGCCCAAGCUGUUUUUUUUACAUGCAUUUUUUAUUUCUCUUUGCUAUUUGGGCUUAUUAGAACCUGAUUAGAAUAAAAACUAAGCAUCAUCUUUUGAUAAGAUGUACUUUUAGAGAAAAAGUACGUCCACAUAUGUGGAUUCUUGUUCCGAAUUUCCAUAAAGUGCUGUCCACGCAUGUGACCGCUAAGCCCUAGGAGGUUAAGGAAACUGGUAGAGUUUCAUAUUUGGGUCUUUGAGACUGAGCGGUAUUAAUGACUUGUUAUAAAUUGAAAACGUUACAAACAAAAAAGGACGAAAAUUUGGAAAGAAAAUUUGCUAUGCACUAAAACCUGCCUGUUGCCUUUUGACAAAAUAAACUAUUUUUAAAAAAAUAAACCUUGAUGCCUCUAGACAUAGAUGCUAUAGAGCAGCUUAAAGGUAGAACAGUGUACGCUAGAUAUCUUUUUCUCUUUGUCAGAGCUGUGUGUGUGUGUGUGUGUAGAGGACUAAAGUGUAUUUGUGAGCACCUUAGCAUUCAUAGACAACUGUUGUUGUUUUUUUUAAAUCCUUUUAAAAUUUCAGCAGUGAGAAGGCACACGGAUGCAUUUAGGCUAUGCAAAGACAGACAUCACCACGUCAGCACAAUAUCUGGUAUCAAAGAAAAACAGCAGAUAUGUUCGUUCGCCAGCUCUUGUACAUAUAUAUAUGUGUGUGUGUGUGUGUGUGUGCCCACCCGUAGUGACUGGUGACAUCAAUGCCACUUUUGACUAUUUAAUUUAAACUAUCAGAUCUACAGUAGGAACGCCUUAAACUUGUAUUUGAUACACAGAUGUUUGACUGUUUUGGUUUGAUUUAGGAAUAGCUUUUAAAACUGAUCUGUCGAAGGAGGGAAAAAUGGAAAACAGGGGAAUCCUGGGACAGAAACCCGUGUUCCCUACAAACAUCCACCUUUGUCCCAUUCUUCAAACCAAAGACCGAACAAUGUGUUCCUGUUUUACAGACAGAUGACAAACAGACUCGAAAACUCUAUUUUUGAUACUUUGAAGAAGAUGGAUGUCAGGAUGUCAUUCCGAAGGUUGGGGGGGGAAUUUUAUAUAUAUAUAUAUAUAUAUAUAUAUAUAUAUAUAUAUAAACAUUUU